AUGAUUCCAUGGCAUGUCACGAAAGUGUUUCUGCUAUGGGCGUCCAUGGGCCUGACGGCCAACGGGGAGCUAUCCGUCACAUGGAGCUACCAAUCAGGAGGCACGUCAAAUGACGAGGCCUAUGGUUUUGCAGUUGACCCGAGCACCAAGGAUAUGGUUUUGGCAGGUUACACCGAGGGAUCCGUUCAUGGCAAUACCCUAACAGGAUACAAAGAUUGGGUUGCACUCAAGUUGGAUAAGGAUGGAGCCCUGCUGUGGACCUUUCAGUUCGGCGAAGCCUCGAGCUAUUCCACAGUGAACGCCGUGGCUAUCGAUGGUUCUAGCAAUGUGGUUCUUGUAGGGACUCAUCAAGGAAGUUUGUUGGGCGUUUCCGCUGGUGAGCGUGAUAUCGCAGUGGUGAUGCUGAACAGUGCUGGUGUCCAACAAUGGUCUUAUCAGACUGGAUCCACCCUUUGGGACGCCGCACAAUGCGUUGCUAUCGACUCAUCUGGCAACGUCAUUGUGGGUGGCUGGGGGCGAGGUGCCAUCUCCGGGCAUACUUUUCAAGGUGGUACGACUGAUUCGGUCCUGUUGAAGCUGGAUAGCGCGGGAUCCGAACAGUGGGUGUUGCAAACCACAUUGUCAACCAGCGGCGACGAUUACAUUAGAGGCGUGACAACGGAUUCUUCUGACAAUAUCUACGUGACUGGAGAUGUUGGUGCUGCUUUUGAUGGCAACACUCAUUCUGGAGGUAGAGAUGUUUUCGUCUUGAAAACAAACAGUGCAGGUACUUUCCAAUGGUCUUACCAAACCGGAACUACUUCAACAGACGCUGGGAAAAGCAUUCAACUCAACCUUGACGGCGAUGUGAUCGUUGGUGGAACAACCUAUGGCAGUUUGCCCGGCAACACCAAUGCUGGAACCGGCAUUGACAGCUUCAUUCUGAAGCUCAGCGCGGCUGGGUCAGAGCAAUGGUUGAUACAAAUUGGAACUGCCACUGACACGGGUGAAACGCUCCAGGGGCUGACGGUUCACCCUUCAUCUGGCAACUUUGCCAUUUAUGGAACACAUACUGGUGAUUUCAACGGGGACACCAAUGCGGGUGGCAACGACUGGUGGGCAGUAGAGUAUGACACAAGUGGCUCUUUGCAGUGGUCCUACCAAUAUGGAACGUCUUCAGGUAGGGAAACAUUCUGGGGUGGUGCUUAUGAUGCGGAUGGUGAUCUGGUGUUGGCCGGAGAUGCCCUGAGCUCUUUUUACAGCAAUACUCACCUGGGGAUGUACGACAUGGUGGCAGCCAAGUUUUCAUUGCCAACUUCCACGAUUACCUCCACGGGCACCGUGACGAGCAUCACCACCUCAUUGACGACUGCAACAGUCAGCAGCUCGAGUACAUCUUCAACCAGCACAUCUUCAACCACAUCCACUUCAACAACGAGCAGUAGCACAACCACAACAGGUAGUAGCACAAGUACAUCGUCAACAAGCACGUCCACAAGCACCUCCACGACCGCCACAGUAUCAUCUACAACAACGACAAGCACCACCACAAGCACUUCCACAACCACAUCCACAACAGUGACACUUUCAUCGACAACCACGACGAGUAGUAGCACUAGUACAACAUCAACAAGCACCGCAUCAACAAGCUCUUCCACAAGCACAUCCACCACCACCACAACUUCAUCUACAACUACUUCAAGCACCACCUCAAGCACUUCCACCAGCACAUCUACUACCAGUACAACUUCAUCAACAUCUGCAACAAGCAGUAGCACAACAAUCUCUUCAACUACAUCCACCACCUUAACAACCUCGUCGACGUCUGAAACUCGCACAAGUUCUACUGCCACCGGCAUUACCACAACAUCCACAAGCUCAUCCUCAUCCUCAAUGAGUACUACAAGCAGCACACUGACAGCAACCACUACUUUCGCUAAAAUCUCCGCUGCAGAAGCUAGGACUUUGGAAGCAGAACGAAGACAAGAAGCCGCUGAAGCAGUUGCCAGGGUCAGAAGCAGUGAAGAAAGUGCCGUGGUCAACGCUUUGCCGCUGUUGAACCUGACAAGUUCCAAUGGAACAACCACCCCACAGCCCAAUGGCCCACCUGAAGUCACCGAAGUCACGAUUGCCACCGACUUAGGUCCGGUCAAAGUGGCCCGGUUGCAGGUCAGGGACCUGGAAACCCGAACGCGGCGGAUCCUGGUGCCGGGCGGCACGACUAUGGCCAUGGCAGAGGUAAUGGUGGCAGCCGGCACCGUGGCUGAGAUCCUGGCCACGGCCGGCGUCGACAGCAGGGAACCCCUGCUGCUGAGUGCCGUGGCGCUGCCUUCCUCGGAGAGCAGCAGCUUGGAGACGGAUGCCGUGGUUGGAAAUGCUGCCGUUUUGUCAUCUGAAUCGGUGAGCAUCAACUUUUGGAGAGCGGAUGGCAGUAGAGUUGAGGUCAAAGAUUUGGUCAAUCCCUUGCACUUUACCUUGGAAGUGUCAGAUCCAGCUGCCAGGUGUGCAUUUUGGAAUGAGGACACUGCCAAGUGGUCCGAGGAUGGAACUGCGACAGUGUCUGCCAAUGCGACCCUUGAGUGCAGCACCUCACAUUUGACCAUUUUUGGAGGCAUCAAGGAUGUGUUUCUGAAGAAUAUUGUCUUGGCCUUGACAUGCAGCACAAUCUCAACGCUUCUCAGUGGAAGUGCCUUUGCAAAAUUGCAAGACACAUCCUGGCUAUCCAGCACACCGUCCAUCCUGAAUAUGCUCUUCCAUGUGUGCGGAAUGAUUUGUUUCAUAUUGGCCUGGCUGUAUGACUGCAAACAAGAAAGGAUCAUUCCACAGGAGGAGAGGGAGUUGAUUCUCAUGCAAGUGAAAAAGAUGGAAGAGAAGGAGGAGACGGAAGAAGAGGCUGAAGAAGAUGAUGAUGCACCAAAACCAUCCAGGUGGACCCGCUGCAUGGGUUGUUUCAACCAGUGCUUGGAGUAUGUCAGCUAUGCCAGUGGCGGGGACGCUACCCUAGAGGCUUUCAAAGAAUUGGCCAGCAAUGCAGAUACUGCAGCUGUGAACCGAGCCAUUGCCAACAUUCAAUCGCACAAGUCGGGCAUUGCCAGGGCUCAAAUCUCCAUUUUCAAUCAGCACGAUGCCAAGAAUCUGGUUCCAAAUGGAAUGCGCCCGACAAUCACCAAGGCCACGACUGUUUCGGCAUUUGCGCUUGACAGCGAGGACCAUGGUCAAGCAGCAGCUGAAGAAUUUCUUCAACGAGGAUGGCUGUGUCGCAUUGCAACCCUGUGGCCCGCAUCACAUCCAUGGAUAAAGGCCAUGCAUUUUAGCAUAUUGGCACCAGUGCGGGUGAAUGUGGCUUUGCUGUUCUUGAAAAUAACUAGCGCAGGAGCUCUGGGUGCAGUAUUCUACUCAAGUAGCAGUCCCAGUCCAGGUUCAGACCCGGAAUGUUUUCCAAAGGGUGGUGUGGCAAAGGCGGUGCAAUCUUUCGCGGUUGGAUUGGUCACCACCAUGUUGGGGGACGUCAUCAUCUCCAUCCUUUUCGCUUUACAGGUGAAAAGGGUGGUUUUCUCUCCCCAUAAAUGGUCAGAAGCGGAGAAGAGGAGGCAACAUGUUCUCUGGAGCAUUUGGAGCGCUGUUUUUUGGAUCAUUUUUUUGAUCUAUGGCGGUUGCUGCGAGCUGUACAUCUUCCUUUUCCUGGCGAACGUCAUGGAAGCAGAUGCAAACAGCUGGCUGCAGAGCAUGGGAGUCUCCCUUCUCGAAGGUUUGCUUCUAAAAUCUUUGCUGACAGCUUUUGCACUUGGCACCAUCGCUACUUUAGUGCUUUGUUGCCGGCCCCAUGUGACUCAAAAGGUUACAGCCAGAUGGAUCAAGGAUGCAGAUGCAGCAGAUGCAUCAGAUGCAUCAGAUUCAGAUGCUGAACCCCAGCAAAAUGGGGAAGUGACUCGUGGCACCAAAUCCUUCCAGGCAUUGGAGGUCAGGGAAGCUGGGCAAGUGACAUCGGUGAAACACCAGGACGAUUCCUUCCUUGGGGUACUCCCAGGAGCAGUCAUGGAUUCAAGCGGGCAAGACGGGCAAGAUGGGCAAGACUAG